CCCUAGUCUCGUUUAUUUCGUUCCCUACACGUGCACUUUGUUUUGUUUUAUUCAAUUUCUGAAGUGCCGUUUACUUCUUUCCCAGUUUAAAUAAAACCAUUUUUUCAUUGAAAAAGAAUUGCAACAAUUUGAAAUAUGGGGACAACGAAAACUUUUGAUAUUGACAUGUUUCCAUCAGACCUGGAGUUCUCAGUUUUCACUGGCGAUGAAAUCAAACGGCUAAGUGUUGUUAAAAUUGUCACGGGUCUCACAUUUGAUCCGCUGGGACAUCCACUGCCCGGUGGUCUGUAUGACAGCCAAAUGGGUACAUUCGGCAAGCGCAUGGAACCAUGUGCCACCUGCCUGAAUAUGCAAGCUUGUCCCGGCCACAUGGGCCACAUCGAAUUGAAUGCUCUUGUUUAUAAUCCAUUUUUCAUUAAAUUUGUUCAAAAGAUAUGCAACAUUUCGUGUAUACAUUGCUCUAAACUGCAAAUUAAACAGCAUGUCUUGGAUAUAUUGUCAUUGCAAUUGCAUCUCAUUGAAGCGGGCUAUGUAGUUGAAGCUCAAGAACUGGAAAUGUUUAAAUCGGAAAUUGUUUUUAAUAGUGCAGAGACGCGCGUAAAAACUGAGAGGGGGGACUAUUUGCACCCCCGCCUAUCGGAAAUGUUUCAGCUCUUAUCCAAAGGCCGCAGUAAUCAGGUGAAUGUAACAAAGACUUCUCGUGCAGUACGGGCUGCCAUUGUAAAUGCUGCAUUACAGCGUCCCAUGUCUAGUAAAUGUCAACAUUGCAACGAAAACUUAAAAAACGUCCGUUAUAUGCACCAUAAGCUUGUCUAUUAUGUUAGUGUGGCGGAAAUGAGAAGCAAGUUCGGCGACAAGGAAGGUGUACCUGGACAACACAAAGUUAUAUUGGCUGAUGAAUGUCGAAAGUUUCUGCGUCAGGUUUAUGAAAACUAUUCUGAAAUUUUGAAACUUUUUUUCCCGGUACUAACAUUGGUGGGCAAAUCCAGCGAACAUGGUUUCAGUCCAAUUGAUAUAUUUUUCAUGGAUACAAUACCGGUGACUCCGCCCAAAGCUCGUCCCUCAAAUAUUUUGCACGAUCAAAUUGUAGAGCACUCCCAAACUGGUCUUUAUCGAGGAAUCAUCGAAAAUAACUCCGUGAUAAGAGUAAUAAUGAAACAUAUCAAAGGAGAAGUGUUCGAUAUGUCCGAAGAAGCACAGAACGUUUUUAAUGGUGCAAAAGGUUCAAAUGCUUAUGAAAAACUUUAUAAUGCUUGGCAAGCUUUGCAGACGUCAGUCAAUGUUUUACUUGAUGUAAGCAUGUCGCGGGAGGCUCAAAACUCAUCUGGUCUGAAGCAGGUUUUGGAAAAAAAGGAAGGUCUUAUACGCAAACAUAUGAUGGGCAAACGUGUUAACUAUGCUGCUCGUACUGUCAUAACACCAGACCCCAACAUAAAUGUAGAAGAAAUUGGCAUUCCAGAUAUAUUUGCGCGCAAAUUAUCGUAUCCAGUGCCUGUGACACCAUGGAAUGUGGCGGAACUACGUAAAAUGGUGAUGAAUGGGCCGGAUGUUCAUCCCGGAGCGAAUUAUAUUCAAGACGAAAGGGGAUAUACCACAUAUAUUCCAGCUAAUAAUGCAUCUAAAAGAGAAAGUAUGGCAAAAUUAUUGUUUAACUAUCCCGAAAAGGGCAUAAAAAUUGUACACCGACAUGUAUUGAAUGGAGACAUUUUGCUUUUGAAUCGCCAACCCUCGCUUCACAGGCCAUCAAUUAUGGCCCACAAAGCACGUAUUUUGAAGGGUGAAAAGACCUUUCGUUUGCACUAUUCCAAUUGUAAGGCAUACAAUGCUGAUUUUGACGGUGACGAAAUGAAUGCCCAUCUUCCUCAGAGCGAAGUUGCAAGAUCCGAGGCCUACAAUCUGGUCAAUGUGGCCAGUAACUAUUUAGUUCCCAAGGAUGGUACACCAUUGGGUGGCCUUAUUCAAGAUCACGUUAUAUCAGGCGUAAAACUUUCAAUACGUGGCCGCUUUUUCAAUCGCGAAGAUUAUCAACAGCUUGUGUUUCAGGGACUAUCUCACAUUAAAACAAAUAUUACUUUAUUACCACCGGCUAUAAUUAAGCCCAUACAAUUGUGGUCUGGAAAACAGAUAUUGUCAACCAUAAUAAUCAAUCUUAUACCUGAGGGAUAUCCACCUAUUACACUGAAUUCAGUAGCGAAAAUUGCUUCAAAGCAUUGGAACGUUUAUAGAGGACGCGUUGCCCUAGCUGGAGGCACAAAGAUGGGUGAAAAUGAAAUGUCUGAGAGUCAGGUAAUAAUUCGUCAUGGUGAACUUUUGGCAGGUGUCUUGGACAAACAGCAGUACGGUGCCACCACGUAUGGUCUCAUACAUUGCAUGUACGAGCUAUACGGUGGCAACAUAUCGACGUGCUUGCUAACCGCAUUUACAAAGGUCUUCACAUUUUUCCUGCAAUGGGAAGGAUUUACACUGGGCGUAAAGGACAUUCUGGUUACGGCCGAAGCCGACGAAGAAAGGCGCAAUAUAAUUCGAGAAAGUCGUAAAAUUGGUAAUGCUACUUUGGCAUCUGCCUUGGAUAUGGAGAAUGUUCCCGCCUUAGAUGUGCUGUCGGAGAAAAUGGAAGAAGCUUACAUCAAAGAUCCCAAGUUUCGAGUUAUCCUAGAUCGUAAAUACAAGUCAAUGUUGGAUAAUUACACAAAUGAUAUCAACAAAACAUGUUUACCUAAUGGUUUGAUCACAAAAUUCCCCGACAAUAAUCUACAGCUAAUGGUUAUGUCGGGUGCUAAGGGUUCCAUGGUCAACACUAUGCAAAUUUCCUGUAUGUUGGGUCAAAUUGAAUUGGAAGGUAAACGCCCACCUCUUAUGAUAUCGGGCAAAUCCUUACCCAGCUUCACUUCUUUCGAAACUUCGCCCAAAUCAGGAGGAUAUAUUGAUGGUCGAUUUUUAACGGGAAUACAACCGCAAGAUUUCUUUUUCCAUUGCAUGGCUGGUCGUGAGGGCCUUAUUGAUACCGCUGUGAAAACUUCUCGCUCGGGUUAUCUGCAACGUUGCCUAAUAAAACAUUUGGAAGGAUUAUCGGUAAACUAUGACUUGACAGUGCGUGACAGUGACAAUUGCAUUGUUCAAUUUCUCUAUGGCGAGGAUGGUCUGGAUAUUUUAAAAUCAAAGUUCUUCAAUACCAAAUUCUGCACAGAAUUUCUAACUCAAAAUGCCGCAGUAAUAGUUCGUCCUCAAGAAAUGGAAACAAUAAGGGUUGAGGAAGAAGUCAAUAAAGUACAUCGCCACAAUAAGAAAAUUCGCUCUUGGCUGAAAAAACAUAGCAGUGCAAACACCAAACAUAUUGCCCCUUUUACCCACUUCUCAGCCGAGCUGCGCAACGAAAUCGAGGUUAAUAAAGCCAAUAAGCUUAACACAAAGACCGGAAGACGCCGCAUAGAUGAAGCUAUCAUCAAAUUAUGGCGAAAAGCCGAUGAUGAUAGUAAAGCCUCGUAUCAAAAGAAAUAUACCCGUUGUCCAGAUCCCACUAGUUCAGUUUAUCGACAGGACACGACCUACAGUUCUGUUUCGGAGAAAGUGGAAAAAAUUAUUGCCGAUUACGUAGCCAGACACCCCGACCGGAAAUCCGCUGUUACCGAUGUGAUGUACGUGAAAAACGCCAAAGCCUUAGCGGCCCCAGGUGAACCGGUUGGUCUUCUUGCUGCCCAAUCGAUUGGCGAGCCUUCCACUCAGAUGACACUGAAUACUUUUCACUUUGCCGGUCGCGGUGAAAUGAACGUGACCCUGGGUAUACCACGUCUUCGCGAAAUCCUUAUGAUGGCUUCGGCUAACAUUAAAACCCCUUCAAUGGAUAUACCCAUCAAACCAAAUCAGGAAGAGAUGGCAGAAAAACUACGUCUCACGCUAAAUAGAGUGACAUUGAGCGAUGUAUUGCAAUAUGUUACUGUUAAAACGCAAUUGGUUCACACACCCACAAGAGUACAAAGAUAUGAGUUAACCUUCCAGUUUUUACCCCGACAAGCUUAUGCCGAAGAUUUCAGUGUCAAACCAAAGCAGAUUAUACAGUUUUUGAGCAAUAAAUUCUUUUCUGUGUUGUUCCGCUCGAUCAUAAAAUCAUCCACAUCAAAGACAGCAGUUAUUGAAAUGGGUGAAACGCAAAACAAAGAUGGCUCUCAAGACGAAAACAUAGAUGCUGGCGAAGAUAUUUCGAAGGCGCCAAAAGAAACGUCUGCUGAUAAUGACGACUCUUCUGACGAUGAGCAGGGAGAUGCAGAUAAUGAUGCAACCGGAGUUAAACUGAAAUCAAAGAAGAUGGACGAGAACGAAUAUGACGACCCAGAGGAGGCAGAAGAAAUUGUUGAUGCAAAUGAUGAUGAGAAUGAGGAUGAUAGCGUUGAAGCUCCAGCAGAUGAGACACACGACUCUGAGGAGGAGUCCUCUAAUAAACCAGAUAAUCUUACGGAGAAGGUCUUGCUCAACUCCAUGGUUGAGAACUAUGUGUAUGAUAAGAAACGUUAUUUGUGGGCCAAAUUAACAUUUAAUUUAGAAAUGAGACACCGACAGCCAAAUAUAUCUACAAUAAUCCGGGAUUUGGCGGGAAAAUCAGUGGUACAUCAAGUGGAAAAUAUAAAACGUGCCAUUAUAUAUAAGGGCAACAAUGGCGAGUUGACUCUUAAGACUGAUGGCAUUAACAUUGUAGAAAUGUUUAAACACAACAAAGUGCUUGACAUAAAUCGUUUUUACUCUAACGACAUACACGCUAUUGCACGAACAUACGGAAUUGAAGCAGCAGCUCGAGUCAUUGUGCAGGAAGUAACGAAUGUCUUCAAAGUUUAUGGUAUUACGGUAGACCGCCGUCAUUUGUCGCUUAUUGCUGAUUACAUGACAUUUGAUGGUACUUUCCAACCCCUGUCUCGCAAAGGAAUGGAACACUCUGCCUCGCCUUUGCAGCAAAUGUCCUUUGAAUCUUGUCUCCAGUUCCUGAAGAAUGCUGCUGGUACAGGUUGUGCCGAUGAGUUAUGUUCACCCUCAAGUCGUUUAAUGGUAGGCCUUCCAGUACGAAAUGGCACAGGUGCCUUUGAAUUGCUGACAAAAAUAUGUUAAAUUUUAAUUUCCAGUUAUAAAGUAUGUCAUUUUACAAUAAAAUUUGUAGAAAAUACGA